GAAGAAGUCGGCACAGCGACACAACACAACCGCCACUAACUGUUCAAGUUAGAAAGCCACAAACUAUGGCACCUUAAAUGUAAACAGAAGAAGGAAAAAUAAAGACUCUGAUAACGUGUGUGAUAUAGUGAGUGAACCUCUCCAGGAUGUAUGCUGUUUACAGACAAGCACACACUCCCACUGCGGUGGAGUUUUCUGUCUACUGCAACUUCAUAUCCAGCAAGGAGAAGAAUUUGGUCGUUGCUGGAACAUCUCAGCUGUAUGUCUACAGGAUUAUCCAUGAUGUCGAGAGUACAUCAAAGACCGACAAGUCUUCAGAUGCCAAACCUCGUAAGGAGAAGCUGGAGCAAGUGGCAUCCUUUUCUCUCUUCGGAAAUAUCAUGUCCAUGGCCAGCGUACAGCUUGUCGGAGCCAACAGAGAUGCACUACUGCUCAGUUUUAAAGAUGCCAAGUUGUCAGUAGUGGAGUAUGACCCCGGGACACAUGACCUCAAGUCUCUGUCUCUGCAUUACUUUGAAGAACCGGAGCUCAGAGAUGGUUUUGUGCAGAAUGUACAUAUUCCCAUCGUCCGGGUAGAUCCGGAGAAUCGCUGCGCUGUAAUGCUCGUCUACGGCACCCAGCUGGUGGUGUUGCCGUUCAGGAAGGACUCUAUCACUGACGAACAGGAGGGCGGAGUUGGAGAAGGUCCUAAAUCCAACUUCCUGCCGAGUUACAUCAUUGACGUUCGUGAGCUGGACGAGAAGCUGCUGAACAUCGUCGACAUGAAGUUCCUCCACGGAUACUACGAGCCGACGCUGCUCAUCCUGUUUGAGCCCAGUCAGACAUGGCCUGGGCGUGUGGCGGUGCGUCAGGACACCUGCAGCAUCGUGGCCAUCUCCCUCAACAUAAUGCAGAAAGUGCAUCCUGUCAUCUGGUCGCUCAGUAAUCUGCCGUUUGACUGCACGCAGGUCAUGCCUGUUCCCAAACCAAUCGGGGGUGUGGUGGUGUUUGCUGUGAAUUCCUUGCUGUAUCUGAACCAGAGUGUUCCUCCUUAUGGAGUUUCUCUCAACUCUCAAACUAAUGGAACCACAGCAUUUCCUCUGCGUGUUCAGGAGGAAGUGAAGAUCUCACUCGACUGCUCUCAGUCUGACUUUAUCGCCUAUGACAAGAUGGUCAUCUCUUUGAAAGGAGGAGAAAUUUACGUGUUGACUCUUAUAACUGACGGCAUGAGGAGUGUCCGCGCUUUCCACUUCGACAAAGCUGCUGCCAGCGUCCUGACAACCUGCUUCAUGGCGAGAAACAGACAGGAGUUAUAGCACAGAAGCAAAGCAAUGCUCUGUGUCGUGGCUUCCUUCCUUGUUU